AUGGUCCUCUCACAACCCGAGAACAAGCACGUCCUCAAGGCGUUCGACCUUACGGGCAAGGUAGCCGUCGUGACCGGCGGCGCCCGUGGCAUCGGUCUUGAAGUCUCCAUCGCCCUGGCCGAAGCAGGCGCCGACGUCGCCCUGAUCUACAACUCCUCCACAACGGCCGAGACGCUAGCCCGCGACAUCGCAAGCAAGAACAACGUCAGAGCCGUAGCCUACAAGGCCAACGUCAGCGAACAGGAGGAGAUCGAAAAGACCAUCCAGCAGAUCGCAACCGACUUCGGCCGGCUGGACAUCGUCGUCGCCAACUCGGGCAUCUGCACAAAUGUGCCCGCGGAGGAUUAUUCGACCGACCAGUGGCGCGAUAUCAUGAAAGUGAACCUGGACGGGGCGUUCUACACGGCGCAGGCAGGCGCGCGGAUCUUCAAGAAGCAGGGAUUUGGGAACGUGAUUUUCACAGCGUCCGUGAGCGCGACGCUGGUGAACGUGCCGCAGAAGCAGGCGGCGUAUAAUGCGUCCAAGGCGGGUGUCGUGCAGAUGGCCAAGUGUCUGUCGGUGGAAUGGGUUGAUUUCUGUCGAGUGAACUGCAUCUCGCCGGGCUUCAUCGCUACCGAUAUUCUCGAUAUUCAUCCUGCGGAGUGGCGCAAUAAGUGGUAUGAUAUGGUUCCGGCCAAGCGGUUUGCCGAGGCGUAUGAGCUCAAGGGGGUGAGUCUUUCCUAUACCUGGGCCUACGUGUUUUGUGCCUCGGAUGCGUCUAGCUACAUGACGGGUGCGAACAUUGUUAUCGAUGGGGGAUAUACCCUUCCUUGA